AUGGAUGAAGCUGGGGCACUGAUGCCAUCGUGGAUGGAACUGUGGAAUGAGUGGGAGAUCCAAGUAGUUGUUGUCGCCAGCUUCAGUCUGCAGGUUAUCCUCUUCUUCUUUGCUGGGAUCCGCCGCUACAACAUCUCGUUUGUUCUCAAGGUCCUCCUCUGGCUGGUGUAUCUGCUCGCCAAUCUUGCUGCGACGUACGCCCUGGGGCACAUGUCCUCGACUUUGUCGAAAAAAUCGUCCGGCGAGCACCAGCUGGUGGCGUUCUGGGCACCAUUCCUCCUGCUGUACCUCGGCGGCCAGGACACCAUCACUGCGUACGCCCUGGAGGACAAUGAACUCUGGCUGCGCCACCUGCUGAAUAUGUUUGUGCAGGUCGCCGGCACCGCGUAUGUGCUCUACAAGUACAUCAAUACGGGUGGCGCGACUUUUGUGCCUGCUGCUAUGUUGGUUCUGGCCGCUGGAGUUGUCAAGUAUGGUGAGAGGAUAUGGGCACUGAAGCUUGCAAGCAAGGGUGGUUCCGAGUCGGGGAAAGGGGUGAGACUGUUUCACCAAAAACAAACAGUUUAG